AACCUAUCUUAAUGUUAAUCUGUAUAACCUACAAGGGUUACGAGAUAUCUAGGUAGUCGUCAUAGUAUGUGGAAAACACAAAUUUUCAAAACAUAUUGGAAAAGAAAACUAGUGUUAUAAUGAAUAAAGCAAAGGGUUUCUGUUUAGGUAACAAGAACUGUUCGUGUAUUCGGAUUAACUCUUUUUUAUGUGUUCCUCUUUUUAACUCCAAAGAUGAAGAACGAGUUUUGUGCCUUCUGUGUCUUAUUAAUAAGAAAAAUUUUACUGUGGAGGAUUUGGAGCUGACAAAAACUCUAGCCAGUUAUGUAUCGCCUUUAUUAUUGCGCUGCCGCUUAUUUGAAGAAGAACAAAAAAUUCGAAAGCAAAGUCAGUCACUACUGCAGGUUGUGAAAACACUUUUAGUUCAGAUAGACAAUGUCAAUCUGCUAUUAAAAGAAAUUAUGACUGAAGCAAGAAAGUUAACAUGCGCUGAAAGGUGUUCUUUGUUUCUUCUUGAUAAAGAAGAAAAUGAAUUAGUUGCAAAGGUUUUUGAUGGACAUAAUGCAGAAGAAAGCUAUCAGGGCAUAAAAGAUAUACGCAUUCCAGCAUCUGAAGGAAUUGCUGGACAUGUUGCAAUGACUGGUGAAAUUGUGAAUAUUAGUGAUGCAUAUACACAUCCAUUAUUCUACCGUAAAAUUGAUGAUACAACUGGUUUCAAAACAAGGAACAUUUUAUGCUUCCCAAUAAAGGAUGAUAAUGGUGUUCUUGGAGUUGCAGAAUUGUGCAAUAAAAUAAAUGGUUCUCGCUUCACUCAGUUUGAUGAAGAAAUUGCCAGCACAUUUGCUGUUUACUGUGCUAUUUGUAUAAUGCAUUCUUUGAUGUGGAAGAAGGUACGGGAUGCACAGUCUCGAAGCAGACUAUCCAAUGGUUUAAUAAUGCAAUCUACAGUGUCAGAAGAAGAAGUUCUACUUUUGACCAGUAAAAUGUCUAACAUGGAGUGUGUAAAUGAAGAGUUUAGAAGUUUUGAUUUUAUACCAAGAUUUUUAAGCAACACAGAGGCUGCUCAUGCAACUUGUGGUAUGUUUGAAGAUUUGGGAUUUAUUCAGUUAUGGAAACUACGAAAAAAUACAUUGGUCAGGUAA